GUUUGUUAGGACAGAUGCUUAUGUGCGAGCCAUGACAGAGAAGAGGAUCGUGAUAACUGAAUUUGGUACCUACGCCUACCCAGACCCAUGCAAGAACAUUUUCUCCAGGUUUUUCUCCUACUUUAAAGGGGUGGAGGUCACAGAUAAUGCCCUCGUUAAUGUCUACCCCGUUGGCGAGGACUACUACGCCUGUACAGAGACCAACUUUAUCACCAAAAUUAACCCAGACACUCUAGAGACAAUUAAGCAGGUGGAUCUCUGCAAAUAUGUCUCUGUCAAUGGGGCCACAGCUCACCCCCACGUGGAGAACGAUGGCACCGUCUACAACAUUGGCAAUUGCUUUGGGAAAAAUUUCUCACUGGCCUACAACAUCAUACGGAUUCCUCCACUCCAAGCAGACAAGGAGGACCCAAUGAACAAGUCAGAGGUGGUGGUGCAGUUCCCUUGCAGUGACAGAUUUAAGCCCUCCUACGUGCACAGCUUUGGCCUGACCCCAAAUUACAUCGUAUUUGUUGAAACCCCGGUGAAGAUCAACCUCCUCAAGUUCCUCUCCUCCUGGAGCCUCUGGGGAGCCAACUACAUGGACUGCUUUGAGUCCAACGAGACCAUGGGGGUCUGGCUUCACGUGGCAGAGAAAAAGAAAGGACGGCUCCUCAACAUCAAGUACCGGACCUCAGCCUUCAACCUCUUCCAUCACAUCAACACCUUCGAGGAUAACGGGUUCCUCAUUGUCGACCUCUGCACGUGGAAGGGAUUUGAGUUUGUUUACAAUUACCUCUACUUAGCCAACCUCCGAGCAAACUGGGAUGAGGUAAAGAAGCAGGCAGAGAAAGCCCCCCAGCCCGAAGCCCGCAGAUACGUGCUGCCCCUCCGCAUCGACAAGGCCGACACAGGCAAGAACCUGGUCACCCUGCCCUACACGACAGCCACGGCGACGCUGCGCAGCGAUGAGACCAUCUGGCUGGAGCCAGAAGUUAUUUUCUCAGGGCCACGCCAUGCCUUUGAAUUUCCACAGAUCAAUUACAAGAAAUAUGGUGGGAAACCAUAUACAUACACAUAUGGGCUUGGACUGAAUCACUUUGUUCCAGACAGGCUUUGCAAGCUGAAUGUUAAAACAAAGGAGACCUGGGUGUGGCAGGAGCCAGAUUCGUACCCAUCAGAGCCAAUCUUCGUUUCCCAUCCAGAUGCUCUGGAGGAGGAUGAUGGGGUGGUGCUGAGCAUUGUGAUCAGCCCCGGCUCAGGGCCAAAGCCUGCCUACCUCCUGAUCCUGAAUGCCAAGGACAUGAGUGAAGUGGCCAGGGCUGAAGUGGAGGUGAACAUCCCUGUGACCUUCCAUGGACUCUUCAAAAGAGCGUGA